UUGACGUGCUCCGGUCGCGAUCGGAAUCAAUGCGUAAAUUAUCGGUUUUAAUCAUUUUUUUGUUAGAAUGUUUGAAGUUGUAUCGUUGCAUGGUUUAAUUUCGUCGUGGCUGUUUGAUUUUGACGUGUUUUAACUGGUACACAAGUUGGCCUGAAGAAAAGUAAAGUAAUGCCCAAGAUGUGCAUCGCCUGAUUGCAUGUUCCGUUGAUAGAAAACGGAAGCCAACUCCGCGAUGAUGAAUUCCGAUUACGUUCAACAUUUUGUAGAAUGAUUCGCUAGUCGAUCGAUCAAGUGAUGAUUUUUGGAUUUUAAAUUAUUUAUCAAGAGUUUUCGAACAGCACAAUGCAUCUACAGCAGCUACAGUUCAUCAGGCAGACGGUACAAUGACGUUCUUUUUACGAAAAGUUUAAGCGAGACGGAAGGAUGAACAACGAGGAACUCGUGCAAACCGUUUUCCAGGGAGAGCUCCACACCGCAAGUUUAGCGAUCCCUCGGGUCGUUAAAAUAUUCAUAUCGUCCACGCGAGAUGAUUUUAUGGAAGAGAGGCGGAUUUUAUUGGAAAAUGUUGGACCGGAGCUGCAAACUCAUUAUGAUUCCACCGGAUUAGAGAUAGAAUUGGUUGACAUGCACUAUGGAACGGGAGAAGAUCCUUUGAACGAUCCUUUUCAGUUUGAAGAACACAUGUUAGAGAUCGAGAAAUGCAAGACUGUUUCUCGAGGGUGCUUUUUUUUGAGUUUAGUAGGAAAUGAAUGGAAAGAUUGUCCACCUCCGGUAACAUUGCACGAGUCGCAUUUUAUACAAAUAAGAAACACCGCUCAAAACUUAAAUUUAUGCACAGACGCUUUAGAUCAUCAUUACGACUUCAGUUCGGAGCUGAAACAGUACAAAUUGAACUCAUCAAUAGAAUCACAUCAAGUAAGAGAAAUCAAUAGAAUACUUAGAAAUGCUGCGAUAGAAUUAGAAAAAAUUAAGUCGAAUAUCAAUCCACAGCUCACACGAUCAGCUGUAGAGCAUCAUUUUUAUGAAGCCUUAGGUUUAGAUAAGGAACACAUGUUAUCUAUAAUCAGAGAAUUCGACGGAAGACCACCUGAUAAACCUUCUUACGAAAAAGAUCGUCUAGAUAAGUUUAAAACUUUUAUUUCAAGUGCCAUUCCUCAAGAAAAUCAAAUGACAAUCAAAGUACCUUGGAUGAACGGGAACAUUGACCCUGACUGUUCAGAACACGAUACUUAUUUGACUGAAUUUCAAGAAAAUGUAAUGUUGAGAUUGCAACAUUUCAUCAAUCAAAGUAUUGAGCUCAAACCAGAGCUGAACGCUCGCAAUAAAGCAAUUCAGGAGGUGCUCAAGGAAUGCCUGAUCCACCUCUCCUUCUGCAAUAAACUAGUGCCCUUCUGCGAGAAGCUCAAGAACGAGGCGGCUCUGGCGACGAUCCGCGAGAUGCUCGCGUCGCCGGCCCCGAAGCACACCCCGAUCAUCGUGCAGGGCAACCACGGCUCCGGGAAGACCUCCCUGCUCAUGAACGUCUACCUCAACUGCGAGGCUUGGCUCGGGAAGAAGGCCAUGAAGAUCCUCCGCUUCGCCGGGACCACCCCACGCUCCUCCUACAACCUGGAGCUCCUCCGCAUCAUCUGCGAGCAGAUGAACCUGCUCCUUCAGCCGAUGGGGCUAUGCGUCCCGCUUGACGCCUCCUUCGACCCCCUCUACAUCAACAACUGGUUCCAGACCCUGGUGCGCCGUUUCGAGGAGGAGGCCCCGAGCAGCACGCUUAUCAUCCUCAUCGAUGACCUGCACCGGCUCAACCCUUUGGACUCGGAUAUCGUGGCUGCCUUGUCUUGGUUACCUAUCGUUCUCCCUAAGAAUGUUCACCUUAUCGCCACGUCUCUCUACGCGCCGGAUGUGCUCAAGAUGACGCCCGUCCAGAGGGAGCGCUUCAAGUCGGCCGAGUGCCUCAUCGAGCUCCCAUGUAAUGAAUCUAAUUUAGAGAGAGAAAUAGAACUGAAACUAGAGGAGCUGGAGAAGAAGUACAGCAGAGUAGCGAUGGCACGGCUCUGUUCGUUUUUAACUAUUUCGGAGUUCGGCUUAACCGAGACGGAACUUCUGGAGCUCCUAAUGCCAACGAGUGGUGGUAGUACAACGGCUUUGAAAUUGGAGGAUGGAUUUUAUAACUUUUUCACUUUUUAUACUGUUAUACGCUCCAUGACCAAAGGAUACGAGGCGUCUGAAACAAUUAACUUUUUGUAAUUUCGACUUCCUCUUGGCAGCUGUUCGAACAAUUUCGAUCAGUUAUUUACGAUCAAUCAUAGAGCACGCCCGGUGUUACCUUCUGGACAGGGAUUUAGAGUUAAUUUAUUACACAAUUCGGAAAUCAAGUGAUGUUUUAACCAGAGACACUCUUCAGUUAGGAGCUCAAAUCAUCUGUUGGCUGCGGCCAGUUUCAGACAGUAGUAAAUUGAUGAGCCAAAUGAUAACAUCUGCGAUGGCUUGGUGUGAUGGAUACACGGACCCUUUAUUAGUUCCGCUCACGGGGUGGCUUCAACCUCCUUUGCCUCUACAAAUCAAACAUGUUACAUGUAAUGCCAAGGUGCUUUUAAUUGAACCAACUCCGACUGCUCAACAUAUCGUCGUAGUUCCACAAAAUGGGGAUCCUCAGUUGUGGCACGUAAUGUCAAAUUCUCUAGUGCAUACAUUCAGAGGACACACUGGACCUGUUCUGUGCAUUUCGAUAGUCAAAUCAUCUCAGUACCUUUUAACUGGCUCCGCCGACCUUUCAACAAUCGUUUGGGAUCUGAAGACGUUUGAACUGAAAUUCAAGAUGGUAGAGCACAUAGCCCCCGUGAUAUGUGUGACAUCGGCAAUGAACUCGACUGUGAUGGCAUCUGGAGGAGAGGAUUCUCGAAUUAUCGUUAGCUCUUUGGUGACGAAUGAAAUCGUCAUGAAAAUCGACCACCAUCGAGGACCUGUGACGGCUCUCCAGGCCACAAACUUCCUCGGGGAUGUGCUCGUGUCAGGAUCUGCUGACGGCUGUGUGUGCCUUUGGGCGCUUGAUAAGUUCUCUUUGCUCAAUACAAUCAAUAUACCAAGCGGAGUGAGUAAACUCAGCUUGUCUAGUGACUCUGUUUUUCUACUUGUUGCCUGCGAGGACAAUCAACUAUAUUUACACACUCUAGCAACUGGUACGCUAAUCCACGCUCUCAGGGGUCACAGGCCGAAGGUGCUUUCAAUGUGUAUAGCUGGAGACAAUCGUAGGGCAGUGGUUGGAGGAAUAGACGGAAGAGUUUACGUCUACGAUAUGCAUACUGGCUGUUUGGCGAGGACAAUCACGACCCCACACAACAUGGAAGUUGUUCAGGUCAAAAUCACCAACAGAGACGACUACCUCAUUACUGCUGGUGGAAAUAGAUUAACUUAUUGGAGCUUCCGCCGAGAGGAUGGCGUUGGCUUGGAGGAAUAUUUUGUUUUAGGAAAGCAUUCCUCUCAAGUGAAGAAACCGCAUACGGGUCCCAUCACCUGCUUAGAAGUUUCGAGGGAUGGCUUAACGGCUGUCACAGGUGCAACAGAUAAUAUGGUGAACAUGUGGCAGCUAAAUUCCCACGAGCUGCAUUCUACAAUGGAGGGUCACACGGCUACUAUAACCAGCGUUGCCAUUUCGCCAAACGGACUUUUCGCAAUCUCCGGAUCAGAAGACAAGACCGCCCGGGCAUGGGGCUUAACUUUAGGACUUGUUGUCUCCGUCUUUACCGGACAUCAAUCGAUAGUGACGGCCGUAGGAGUUUUAUCAGAUAGUCGGAGGGUGGUUUCUGGUGACAAACAAGGGGUGAUCGCUGUAUGGAUAGCGGACAAUGGGAACUUGUUGCACACUAUUCUGGGGCCGACGCAAUACAUGGCCAUAACCAACAAUAUGAAGUACGCCGUGUCAGGGGACGGAGGCAACAGUUUACGAAUAUGGCCCCUGGUGUCCCAUCGAGAUGAUGAGAAGUUCAACGUCAGUCACACGGAAGAAAUAACUUGCUUUGUCCUGACCAUGGAUUCACUCCACUUGAUCACGGGGUCACAAGAUACGUCUUUGAAGGUUUGGCAGGUCAUUGGCGGGAAGCUAGCCCAAGUUUUGGUCGGUCAUUCUGACACAGUAACGUGUGUAGCGGUGGCAAUCACGAACAAAUCUCUUGUUGUGUCUGGCUCGAGGGAUAAUAACCUAAUCGUGUGGGAUAUGGACACAGGCGCUGAUUUGCAUCUUCUAUUGGGUCAUUUGGGUUGUAUCACCUGCGUUCAAGUCGCUGGGGAUGGCUCCAUUGCAGUCUCAGGGUCUGAGGAUAAACGGAUAAUCGUAUGGGACACGAAAAAAGGGACGAUAUUAUCUACCCUUCAGCUGCAUUUACCCUUGAUCGGCUUGGUCAUGGCCCCGGAUGCAUCAAGGAUCGCGGUUUACCUUCUCGAGAGCUGUUAUCUUCCCAUCAUUUGUUUGCACAAUACACCAGCUACUUACGUCAAAGCACCGGUCUACGUCACUCCUGCAAAAGAAGUAGAAGAAAUCAGAACAACUGCUCCCAAACGACCAAUGCGACGACUUUUGAAGAAAGAGGUAACUCUGGACACAUACUCGUGGCAGAAGAAAUAUGCACAUUUAACAUCAUCCCUCAUGAUGGCUGCUGCCGAUGAGAGAUUGAGAAGGAGGUUUUCAGUAUCAGCAAGUAUGGAGGAAAUAUCAAAGAUCCCUGAAUCGAUAGCGUCACAGGCAUGUUACGGCCCAGAGCAAGCUGCUUUAGCUCAGUCGCAACAUUUCGACCAACUAGAGGCGCUGUGGAACAGAUCGCCACCCCGUCAACGCAAACAUCAACAGGGUCUUUCCAAGCAAAAUUCUCGUUCGAGCCGCCAGCAUUCAGCCGAUGAUGAUGGGGGACCGUCACCCGUCGAAGAAGUUGUAGAUUAUCCUGGUGAUUAGGCGGUCAAUCAGCAUUUACAAAUUCCAGGACCAAUGAAAGGUUGAACAUUGUGAUAUUAAUUUUAAUGAAUUAAAUCAAUCAUUAGAAAAGAUUCAGAGAAUCAAUUUAUAUCAAGUAGAGCAGCUCUCUCGUUCUCUCUCUCUUUCUGUUUUUUCUAUCUUUUAAGAAUUAAAUUAUAGUAUUUUCCGAAUCUUUGUGAUAUUAAGUUUAUUGUGUCGGGAAUCAUUCUUGAAGGAGGCGCAGCGUGGGCAUAAACGGAAGCAAGAGUUUCUAUAAGGAUAUAUUACACGCAAAAUUUCGAUGUUGUAUUUUUUCUCUUCCUCUUUUAUUUUUUAUCAAGUAAAACAUUCAAUUUGUU